ACCCAAGACAACUGAAAAAACCGAAGUCUGAGGAGAAUGAGAUUACGCAGACGGGUGCCUUCGUUGCCAAGUCAGGCCUUCCAUGCCUGAACUUUGAAGCUAUCUCAUCUCUGAGCCCAGAUCUCAUCCAUUCAUCCCAUUCACUAAGAAACCUGCACGUAUACACAGGGUCACCUGAUUGUAACAACAGUUGCAAGGGGAUGACAGAGCGCAUUCACAGCAUCAACCUCCACAACUUCAGCAAUUCUGUGCUCGAGACCCUCAACGAGCAACGCAACCGUGGCCACUUCUGUGAUGUGACAGUCCGCAUUCACGGGAGCAUGCUGCGUGCCCACCGUUGUGUGUUGGCGGCUGGCAGCCCCUUCUUCCAAGAUAAGCUGUUACUGGGCUACAGUGACAUUGAAAUUCCUUCUGUGGUGUCAGUCCAGUCAGUACAAAAGCUCAUUGACUUCAUGUACAGUGGAGUAUUGCGGGUCUCACAAUCAGAGGCCCUGCAAAUUCUCACAGCAGCCAGCAUCCUGCAGAUUAAAACUGUGAUUGAUGAAUGCACACGGAUUGUCUCACAGAAUGUGGGUGACAUCUACCCUUUGAUUCAGGAUUCUGCACAAGAGACACCCCGAGGAACUCCUGAAUCAGCCACUUCAGGACAGAGCAGUGACACAGAGUCUGGUUAUCUGCAAAGUCACUCACAGCACAGCGUGGACAGGAUCUAUUCAGCUUUGUAUGCAUGUUCUAUGCAGAAUGGCAGUGGUGAGCGUUCAUUCUACAGUGGAGCAGUGGUCAGCCACCAUGAAACAGCACUAGGCCUUUCUAGAGACCAUCAUAUGGAAGAUCCAAGCUGGAUUACAAGGAUCCAUGAACGCUCACAGCAGGUGGAGCGGUAUCUUUCCACCACUCCAGAAACCACACACUGCAGGAAGCAACCACGUCCAGUUCGGAUCCAAACUUUAGUGGGCAAUAUUCAUAUCAAGCAAGAGAUGGAGGAUGAUUAUGACUACUAUGGACAGCAGAGAGUACAAAUCCUAGAGCGUAAUGAGUCUGAAGAAUGCACUGAGGAUACUGAUCAAGCAGAAGGUGCUGAAAGUGAGCCCAAGGGAGAAAGUUUUGAUUCUGGAGUCAGUUCCUCCAUUGGCACUGAACCUGACUCUGUGGAGCAGCAAUUUAUGACUGGCCUAAGUCGAGAAGGUCAACAAGAGCCUACACAACCAGAACAAAAUGAUGUUUGUGCUGAAAGCAUUCAGCAGCAGCACACAGAUACUAACUCUUCUUCACCAGAAAGAGGAAAUGACGUUGAAAGGGACAGCGCACUAAUAACUGUUUGUAACAGUACUGAAAAGGGGACUUUACAGCCUAUCACUACAACUGUUUCCCAAUCAUUGCCAAGUACACAGCUCUACUUACGCCAGACAGAAACCCUCACCAGCAACCUGAGGAUGCCAUUGACCCUGACCAGCAACACACAGGUCAUCGGCACAGCUGGCAAUACCUAUUUGCCUGCUCUCUUUACUACACAGUCUGCUGGCAGUGGUCCUAAACCUUUCCUUUUCAGCCUUCCCCAGCCCCUAGGCCAACAGGCACAAUUUGUGACAGUGUCCCAGCCUGGAAUUUCAACUUUUACUGCCCAACUGCCAGCCCCACAACCCCUGGCUCCUUCUACAGGCCACAGCACAGCAGGUGGGCAGGGUGAAAAAAAGCCUUAUGAGUGUACCCUCUGCAACAAGACUUUCACAGCCAAACAGAAUUAUGUCAAGCACAUGUUUGUACAUACAGGUGAGAAGCCCCACCAAUGCAGCAUUUGUUGGCGAUCCUUCUCCCUAAAAGAUUACCUAAUCAAACACAUGGUGACUCACACUGGUGUCAGAGCCUACCAAUGCAGUAUCUGUAAUAAGCGUUUUACGCAGAAGAGUUCCCUAAAUGUGCAUAUGCGGCUCCACCGUGGGGAGAAAUCUUAUGAAUGCUACAUUUGCAAGAAAAAGUUUUCACACAAGACCCUGCUUGAAAGACACGUGGCUCUACAUAGUGCCACAAAUGGAACAUCUAACACAACAAGCACUGGGGCAAGGGCACUUCCAGCUGGAGUGAUGGCCUGCACUGAGGGAACGACCUAUGUUUGCUCUGUCUGCCCAGCUAAGUUUGACCAAAUUGAGCACUUCAACGACCACAUGAGGCUGCAUGUUUCAGAUGGGUAAAUAAUAUCUAUUCUGUUAUGAACAACAACAAAGCCCAAACAGAGAAACAACGAAAAGCUAUGGCACUAGAUUUUUUUUUCAUUUUUUCAUUUUUAGUUUGUUUAUUUUCAUUUUUGUACUACAUGAUGAACUGUUUUUUGCCUGCUGGUACAUUACAUUUCUGGAAGCUGGAUGAAUAGUAAUUAUCUCAGCCUUCCUUUGAUGGUGGCCUUAAGGCCAGAUAGUGUUUCAGGAGAUCUACUGGUUGGAUCUCUAGCUACUGGCCUCUAAAUACAACCCUUCUUUACUACAAAAAAAAAAAAAAACCUUAAAAAAAUUGUCACUUGUGAAGAGCACUACAAAAACAACAACAACGAGAAAUAUGUUAUGAAAUCUACAAGGCCUACUGUCGUAAGUACACCGCUUGCAGUGUUUCAAUGGACAGAUUCACAAUUCUGACCGUUUUGGACUUCACAAUAUCCAGUUAAAACUGUGGAAUAGAAACAUAAAAAUCGAUCAGCAACACACACAAUGGGCCCUAUUGGUUUCCACCAUUAGUCUUGCUAUCAUAAAAGGGCUGUGGAAAAUGGCAAGGGAGUUUGGGUUGGAUGGUGUGGAGUCCCUGCAGGAUGGGGAAGGAGAAUAAUAGAUUCCUCUUGUGGAUUCGGUUCCAUUCCACCCGUUCAGAUUUAUAACCCCAACUUCUUUCUCCCCCACUAACACCAAUACCAUCUUUCAUCGGACUUAGGAACAAUAAGUAAGAAUGAGGUGAACAAAAGUAGCUUUUCUGCAAUUACAUGUUGUCUUUGCUGAGCAUAGGGCAAACUUGGCCAAUCUGGCACCCUCCAGGUCUGUUAAGCACUGCAACUCCCAGAUUUCUAGAUGGGAGCUGCAAAUACAACAACUCUGGAAGUGCAAGACUGAGGAGGGAUGACACAGAGCCUCAGCCAAAUAGUGGGACUUUGCAAAUGUCAAAGAUAAGUAGCAAAAAGAAAAAAUUGAGAGGUUUUUUCACCUACUAGUCUAGGUAUAAGGAAAGGAUUACUUCCUAAAAAAAUUAGGGAUAAAAUAAAAAAGGCUGUGUCAAGCCUAUCCAUGAUGAGACAGGUAAAGUAAUAGACAAGUUGGGGGGGGGGGAAUAAAAAGAGUUCUCAAGAUUUUUUUUUUAAUUCAGUUUUUUUUUAGGGGGACAGAAGUGUUUACCAGGUAGAAUGCUGAUUUUUUAAAUAUAUAUAUAUAUAUUUACUUCAGUAUUUCUGUACAAAAACAGAAGGAAGGAAAAUUGUAACUUUUUAAACAUAAUUUUCUUCUUUUUUUGCGUACACUGCCACUAAUAUCUGCUCAGUUAUAUAACUGAAUGUGUGUAUACACACACAUUCAUACCUUAUUGUUAAUACAGACUGUUAAGGUUAGAUGUCCUACUUUCAUAUAGCAAGAGGGUAAAGAUGAGAUGGUCCUGAUAUUUCUUUCUGAUAAGAAAAAUAUGUGUCACCAUAUUUUCUGUUGUUUCCUUUAUGCUUUUAUUACUUUGAGAAUAGCACCUUGAAAUUGAGUGAUAAUAUAUGUGAUAUCUUCCACCAUAUUCUGUCCAUAUUGUAGUGUCAGAUGAAUAGCUGUUCGGAAGUCAGAUUAUUUUCUAAGACUUUUGAGUUCCAUCUAAAGUUUAAAUGAAUUAGUUUGAGAAGGAAGUGUUUUAACACUAUUUAUAUCAUUGGAAUGAUAAAAUAUCAUUUUGUCUAUAGUUUCUGGAAGUACCUAGAAAAAGGGCAUUUAUUUAAAGAAUUGCUUCCAGAGAUUGGUUUGUAAGAUAUUUUAUCCUCCCUGAAAUAUAGAUCAAAUCUCCUACUUAAAUUCUAAACCUUCUUUUUCCUUAUAAAAGUACAGAUAAUCUUCCUCCUUUUCAUCUGCAAAAACAUUAAAGAUAAGGGCCAUGCUUUGCAAUUUCUACUUCACAAAAUAGGGCAAGACAUUCAGAAUUGCACGUUUUUAUUGAUCACUUCCGUUCUUAGCGGAUUUUUGAGAAUUACCUUAAACAGUACUUCUUAUGUACCUAGUUACAUUGGAUUAAUGUCUAACUAUUAUAGUAAGUUUCUUUCCUGUGAAUCAUGGUACAUAAUUCCUAUUUCAAAUGAAAAUUAUCUGAAAAUAAUAUGCAAAUGGAGAGUCAACAAUAAAACAUUUAGUUAAAUUUUAAAUAUAUCUUUGUUUCAACUAAAUCUUAUGAGAUUGAAUUUCUGUGUAGAAAUCAAUGGAAAACUUUAAAUAAAGUGUUCUAUAACUUCAUAUAAAGUGUUCAGGGACAGGAUGCUAGAUUUAAUCAUGUUUUGUAAGACACUCCUUGAUGAACAUCAUUUAUUAGAUAUUUAAAUUCUGUCAGAGUAGGUCACAACUUCUGUUAUAUAGCACAACCUUAUUCAUGUCUAUUCUGAAAUAAGUCCCAUUGAAUUCUGGGAUUUAUUUUCAACAAAGCAUCUAUAGGAUUGGGAUCUUAAAUAUUUGUAAUUUAGGUAAUUACAAUUGCUCAGUCAUUUAUAAAUGGCAAUAUGGACACAUUUUUAGACUAACAAUUGCUACAAUCUGCAUAAUUUUUAAAACUAUCAUUGUUUAAACAAGUUAAAAAUAUGAGCACAAAUUAAAGAAGGGAGAAAAUUCUCAUACAUUAUUUAGGUAUCAUCCUAAUCAUGAGUCCAGAAUGAUAAUUUCUUGACCAUAAACAAGUUAACCAGAAGAAAGUUAUAUAGAUUUGAGUGUAAAUUAGUUCCACAUAACUGUACUGAUUAAUUAAAAGGGUGCACAUAUGGAAUUGUCAUUUUAAAUUAAUAUGAUUAGCAUAACAGCUUCAUCCAGGAGUCUGAGUGAGUAAAAUAAAAAAGUAAUAAUUUCAUCAGAAAUAAUAUACAAAAAUGUAAAAAAAAGACAGAACCUGGAUUUACAACACGAUGAAAGAAUGUCAUUUUUAUAACUACUGAAAAUCAGUCAAGAAUUUUGAUUUGUUUAAGCAAUAACAUGGUUUUAUAUGGUUCAUUUUCCAGGUGAGGUGAAUUUUAGGAACAAAUUGAUUACCAAUAACAGAAACAAUAGUUUGAGUCAGUUGUCAAAAAUUGGACAAUUCUGUGACCUAAGAUAAGCACUGACAACAAAAAAGAAGUGUAGAAGAUGUUAGUGCAAAAUCAAAAUUACAAACAAAAUUUUCAAAUUAAACACUUCUUGAAAAAAAAAACACCUGUUUUUAAAUAGGUUUAAUGUAGAACUUGCUGCGUGUUAUUCAUUGAAAAUGAAUAUUGCCUCAAAGCAAAAUAGAUUUGUUUGAUGAAAAAAGGUAUAGAUUAUCUUCAUUCAUUGACCCAAAAUAAUAUAUAGCCCUCAAAAUAAUGUAUUCUAUGCAGAAAAUCCUUGUCACUCAUACAAACCUUUGGGUGCUAUACCUGCCACGUGUUUAUUUAAGAGAAUAUUAAAAAAUUGGACACUUGCAUCAGUCCUCCCGUAAACAUUUGUAUUUGAGGAUAAAUAAGUAAGAUUUGUAAAAAAAUAAAUCAAGUGACAAAUUAUCUAAACCAAGAUUUGAAUCUGUAGUUUUAAGAUAUAAGGAAACCAAUUACUCUGUCACAAUCACACUUUUGGUGAUCUAUAACUUUAUGAAAAAAAAUACUGCAGUUUUCAUUAUACAAUGGCUUUAAAAGGUGAUUUUUUUACAUUAACUAUAUUACUGCUUUUUAAAAUUCUUUUUCUGGUUUCUAUUAAGGCCUCUUUUCUAAUGCUACAGCUUUUUAUUUAGUCUUGAUAGGUAGCAUUUAUGCAUGGAUACAAUUCCAGUUUUGUGAAAUAAAAUCCAAAGGUUUGAAGGGUUCUUCAGUGAAUGAAAAGCUAUUGUCAUGUGCAGAAAAAUCCUAAAUUUAUUCAUCCCACUCCCUUCCAUCCAUAUUGAAGCCAAUUAAUCAGAUUCUUGCUAAUAAUUAAUUUUUACUCAGUUAAUGUUCUGUCAGGCCACUUAUUAUUUUUAUUCUUUCUGUUCAUUUUUUGUACUUUUUAUUCUUGCCUCCAUAAAUACCAUAUUUCAAAACAAAUACAACAAUAGUUAAAAAUGUGUGGCUAUAGGACAAGUAUUCAUAUAUCUAAAUUUUCAUUUUAUAUAACUAUUUCCUUACUUGUUUCCUUACCAUGGUCACAUCACAGCCCAGUAUGGAUCCAAUUUUUCCCACUAUGACUAAAUACUAGCUCUAUAUUUAUAGCUCAUGCUAUAAAUAAUUAGAACAUAAUUGGAAGUACAUUAUCCAGAUGGUUUUCUAAUAUUUUUUCCUUUACUUUAAAAACAUUCUUUCUUAUAGCCAAAGGUCACUGCAGUCCAAAAAGCGUAUAAUUUUGUGACCCAAUGAUUUCUACAAUAAUAUUAAUAUAUUUAUUUAUGUUUAAUGUUUCAGGUAUAUUUGCACUGAACUUAAUUGAAUUUCAAUUUAUUUCAUUUUCAAUUAAAAUGCUCAAUAAGAAACCUGAAAAUAAUCUUCAUUUUUAUAUUGUUUAAAAUGUUUGCACUGAAAGCUUUUUAUUUAUAAAGAAUAGAAGGAUUAAAAUCUCACUGCUUUUUAAAGAAGAGAAACACAUUUGCUGGCAUUUUGUGAUUACCUACAUACUCCCAUAAUUUCCUAUUUGCAGAUUGUUAAGUUAUAUAAAAAUGAUAUACAGCAGUGCAAGACUCUUUCUGUAUAUUGAAAUUUCUUUUUCCCAUUUCUGGUUAUAUGGAAAAGUGAGUUCUUAAAUUUUUAAGUAAAUCUCACCUGAAUAUAUACAUAUCCUCUUAUCAGGGCAAGUAACAUGCCUUGAAGUCAGAAGUGCUAUUUGGCCCAUAUUUUAAUGUGCAAAACAUUUUAGCUCAUCGUAAACAACAAGAAACUUUAAUAGAAAAGCAGAUCUAGCAGAUCUAACUCUUACUGAAUUAUAGAUUCUGUGGUUCACAGAGUGAAUUAAUGAGGUCAGCAAAAUGUUAGCAAGAGUGACAUUUGAUUUGUAAAAGUCAGAAUACUAAAUUAAUUCAACCAAUGCUCGGAAAAUGUAUUUGAAUUUUAGAAUUCAAAUUAAGGUCCAUGUUUGGUAGAAAAGCUGGAAUUAAUAAAUUAUGUCUACAUAUACUUAAUUUAAAUAUAGUGGAUGCAACUCAUAACUAGAAAAUGACAUUUAAGGUCGCCACUGUAAAAUUAAUAAUGGGCAAGUUUAUCCAAAGAUAAUCAAAAAUAUGACCAUAUGAAACAAGGAGAUACACAUUUCAUUCACAUCACAUAAACUCCAGGUCUUACCAUGCUCUAAGUAUUAUUAGAUUCAGGGUUUCUCUCCUUCCUAAGACCAUUUUACUACUUAAAUAGAUGCCAAAGUGCUACAUGCAACUUCCAUCAUCCCGUUUCUGUCCCUGUAACCAUCCAGCCCAUAUCCUGAGUUUAACCAUUUUAUUCAUAUUUUGUGGGUAUUUUAAGAGGCAAGAUGGGUGUCUUAACCUAUAAAAUCUGUGACAUUUUGGAGUUUAAUUCCACAUUUUUGGAGGACAGAUUUGACAAGUUGUGCAAACUGAUUCAGCUGUAGAGCUAAUGAAAGUAAUUUAUUUAAUUAAACAGAAGAGAAAGCAAUUGGAAGCAAAGCCAGAGAUUUCAGUUCUGAGUGUAUUUUGCAGCUUUGUGGUUUAAUACUGCUCUCUCCUGUGCCUUUCUUACCUAUUUCAGUGCUAUCUCAUGCCUCUCUUUUCAGUUUAGGCCCCAGCGAUGAUGGUCUGUGUUCCUGAACAAUAGUUAAGCUCUAGAAUGAUCCAGUCAUUAUUCUCAGAAUAACAUGAUCCCUCAGAAAUAUCAUUUUCCAGUUAUCUUAGCAUCCACAAUGAUUUUGUGUUGCUUAAAGGUUUGAGGAACUCUGGUGUUCAUUUCCUUGUUGCUACUUAAUGGGAAAUGUGUAUAUGUUUAGGCUAUGCUUUUAAUUUGCCAGAAAUUCUGAAGUAGAUAUAUCUGUAUUUUAAAGUCUUGAAAUCCAGACUUGUAAGAUCACUAGUUAGUAUGUUUACAGGGCCUCUAAAUAUUAAAUUUCUUAUUUUUUAUGAUUACAUUCAAGUGAAUCAGCAAAUAGAGACAAGGAAUUCAGCUUCUGUUUCCCAUAUUUGGAUUAUAGUAUAUGCAUGUACAUUGACUGAAUUUUAAAGAGGGAUUUGGUAGAUGACAUAUAUAUGGCUAUUAAAAGAGGACACUUGACACAAAACUUAUUUCUACGUAAACAUCUUCAAAAACUAAUGUUUAAGAUAUAUCAGAUAUUUUUCUGGAUACUUAAACUUUUCUGGAUAAUAUUGCUUUAUCUAAAAAUUUAAAUCCUUCUGUAUUAUACAAAAGUUAGAAGAUGGAAUAGAUUAUUUUCACUUCCACAUUAGUUCCCUAAUUCAUUAGACAUUGGGCACCGUAAGUGGUAAUAAUUAAAGUAAAUAAUGUUAAUAUUUCUUAAGACUAAACAACAUGUAAUCAGCUAAAUUAUAAAUAAAUAAAAUUACCCCUUAAAAUUAGUUUACUCUGUUGUAAUAUCACAACAAAUAAAUAUGUCAUAUAAUACUAAAUUGCCAACUGGCACACAUGCACGCAUACAUACACACACAUUAACAGAAGUAAAACUAAAGGAUUGUUUUGCUCAUAUUCAAUGCAACAGGAUUGCUGAUUAGUAGAUAUAAAUGACAGACAUAGUCAGAACAUAAAUGUGUAUUCUUUUUCAAGUGGCUAAUGCUGAAAUAAUUUUACUGUUUUUUUUCUCUAUCCCACAUCCAAUAAAAUCUUUUGCAAUCACAGUUUAAAAGUUACCCUAGGAAGUUCUGAGUUCCUGUCUAAGGGAACAAAAACAUUAUCCAAAUUUAAAUUUAUCAGACUAUUUAACUACCUAGGCAAAUAUUGCUUUCUUGGGGCAGGCAAUUGUACUGCUACCAUGAUAGUUUUCUAUAGCUAGAGAUACACAGGAAUUGAUUUUGGGUUCUCAGCCUGCAAAAGAUUUGCUACAGUACCACUGAGCUAUAGCCCUUAUGCAUUUGGUUAUUGAUCCUUGGAAUAGCACCUAUAUAAAAUUUAUGGAUAUGACAGGAGAAAGGAGAUUAAAUUUGAGAAUUAUACCUUCAGAGAAAGAAAAAGGAACACUUCCUCUGUGACUUAAGUAUUCAUUUAUUUCACAUUUAGAUACUUAAGAGUAUUAAGUUUAGUUUCAUAAAGUUGUCCCUAAAAUAUUAGUACUAUAACAAAAUUCCCACAAGUUGGCAAGCUUAAUUUAAGUGGGGGAGGAAUAAAUAAUGUAUUGCAGCCUUAUGCAGGACUGCUGCCUUAAAACAAUAAAGGAGUGAGUAUUAUUUUUUAUACAUACUUAAGUGUAUAUCUAAUUUUAAAUUGUUAUUUCAUUUAUAUGAAAUGCGGCAUACUUUUGCUUUCAUUUAAAUCUGUAGUACAAUACCUGGGCAACAAGAGCUGUGAAAAAAUCAUUUGCUGAGAAGUAUUAUUACUACUAAUAAGGUAGCUGCUAUGAAUUUGCACUGCACUAUGCCUGAUGGGCAUUAGUAAAAUAACUGAGUUUAACAGUAAGUUCUAACAGUUUUGAAUUAAUAAUGGAUGGCUUCCUUCAGUUACCAUAAUAUGAUAUCCAGUCCCUAUUUGGUGUCGUAUCAUAGUUUUAUCCAUAUUCUAUUUGUAGCUUUCAUGAUGUAAGUCAAUUAGAUGUCUCAGAUGGCAUAGUUAAAUGUCUAUGGAGAUUCUUAGUCAUCCUGGUCAUGGUUGUCCCAAAGGUGCUUUUUCAAAAGGACUUUCUUUGUUUUUCCUUGAAGACUUUUUGCUUCUCAUCCAAGACGUUUCUUCAGUCCUGACUGAAUGGUGGAGAAUGGAAGGAUUUAUAUUCCUUGCAGUCAUCUGGUCAUUCUUGAGGUCUCUUGGAGGUUUAUCUGUGUCCUCACGGUCACCUGACUGGUGCACUAUUCAGAGACCCUGAGGCCACAGAUAAACCUCCACGUGGCCUCAAUGAUUCUCAGAAACACUGACC